AUGGAGCAACGUAACCACUCGAGCCUGGCUGAAUUUGUGCUCCUUGGCUUCCCCAAUGUGGGACCUCUCAGGCUCUGGCUUUUCGUGCUGCUGCUGAUGGCAUACCUGCUGACCGUCUGUGGCAACAUGCUCAUCUUCUUAGUUAUACAACUGGAUGCAGCCCUGCACAUGCCCAUGUACCAUUUCAUCAGCGUUCUCUCCUUCUUGGAGUUGUGGUAUACAGCCAUCACCAUUCCCAAGAUGCUAGCUAAUCUCCUCAGUGAGAAAAAGACUAUUUCUUUUGCAGGUUGCCUCCUUCAGACCUACUUCUUCCACUCCCUUGGGGCCUCUGAAUGCUACCUUCUUACAGCCAUGGCCUAUGACCGAUACCUGGCCAUCUGCCGACCCCUCCACUACCCUGCAAUUAUGACCACAACACUCUGUGCCAAAAUGGUUGCUGGUUGUUGGACUUGUGGCUUCCUAUGUCCCAUUUCUGAGGUCAUCCUGGUCUCACAGCUGCCCUUCUGUGGCUACAAUGAAAUCCAACACAUCUUCUGUGACUUUCCUCCUCUGCUGAGCUUGGCCUGCAAGGACACAUCCACUAAUGUUCUGGUGGACUUUGCCACCAAUGCCUUCAUUAUCCUUGUCACCUUCCUCUUCAUCAUGGUUUCUUAUGGGCGAAUAAUUGGGGCUGUGCUGAAGAUAAAAAUGGCUGUGGGAAGAAAGAAGGCCUUCUCUACGUGUGUCUCACAUCUCCUCGUGGUCCUCAUCUUCUUUGGGAGCAUCAUCUUCAUGUACGUGCGGCUGAAAAAGAGCUAUUCACUGACCCUUGACCGGACACUUGCUGUAGGCUACUCUGUACUAACACCGCUGGUCAACCCAAUUAUCUACAGUCUUCGUAACAGGAAACUCCUUAAGGCCAUUAAGAGGACCAUCUUCCGGGAGGGGGUGAAAGCUAGUCCUGCUUACCAUUGA